CCCUCCUUGCAGAAGCUUUGCACUUUAGCGUUCUAGAUCAAAACGAUGAAGUUGUGAUGUGUCCGACUCUACUUCGUGCAAUCGCAUCUAGUAGGUGGGAGACCUGGCCACAGGAGACCUGUAGCAUCCCCGCAGAAUAGAGCAGUCUGUUUGGUGUGCCAUUGGUCCCGUCUUGCCCCCUGAUUACCUCGUUAUCCAUUCUUAAAGGGGUCUCAGCAUUGCCGCUGAUGAAAGUACUCUUUCUGCAGCGAAUAUAUUUUCCACCAUCUACACUAGAAUGCUCUCCAAGUAACAAACUCAACACGAUGCCCCCAUUCUUCUUUCAGGCAAGACUCUGCCAACGCUCGCAUACAGCCAGCCGUUUUCAGUGGCGCUCGAUCCAUACUAGGAUUCCUCGUGUUGAAGCAGCACAAACAGAUUUCCGUCAAUUCAUCGAAACGCUACGUCAUGAUGGUGAUUUAGUGGAGAUUGACCGCGAGAUUAACCCGCAUCUAGAGGCUGCUGCUAUUGUACGAAGGGUGGCCGAAGUCAAGGGCAAAGCACCCUUGUUCAAUAACAUAAAGGGCGCUGAGCCUGGGGGGUUGUUUCGCAUGUUUGGCAAUGCUGCCUCUCUGCGAAGCUCGGCAAAAGAUCGAUAUGGCCGAAUCGCACGGACUUUUGGAUUGAAAUCCACUGCAAGCUGGGAAGAGAUUUCGUUGCGACUUGCUAGUGGUGCAAGUGCUCCUGCACAACCGCCCCGGCUGUUACCCACGGGGCCUUGCAAAGCAAAUAUACUUACAGGCGACAUGGUGGAUCUGCACAAGUUACCUGCCCCAAAGCUGCAUAUGGGUGACGGAGGCAAGUAUCUUCAAACGUAUGGGGUCCACAUCCUUCAAACACCGGACGGGCGAUGGAGCAAUUGGUCUAUCUUUCGAGGAAUGGUCCAUGACAGCAAGCACUUAGUCUGUCUUGUAGGCGGUGGGCAGCACGUCUCUGUCAUCAGAAACGAAUGGCUUGCACAAGGUCAUACAAAGAUCCCCUGGGCAUUGGCAUUCGGUGUACCACCAGCUGCCAACUUUGUCGCUGGACUUCCCCUACCGGAAGGAAUUUCGGAAGCUGAAUUUACCGGAGCACUGGUCGGACAGCCGCUAGACUUGGUGAAGUGUGAGCUCAGCAAUCUACUUGUACCAGCAAGCAGUGAGAUAGUCUUUGAGGGGACGAUGUCAUUGACGGAAAUGGGCGACGAGGGUCCAUUCGGCGAUGCACUCGCCGUGGUGUUUGAAGGAAAUAAGCAACAACAUCCACUGUUCCAUGUGGACAUGAUUACGUAUAGGGAUGAUCCCAUACUGCCUAUUUCAGUGCCAGGGUUAUCUUGCGAUGAAUCGCAUACGACCGCCGCAUUAGCCUCUGUUGAGAUACUUGCGCUCUGCCGGGAGAUUGGGCUACCAGUUCUCUCUGCAUGUGUACCGCUUGAAAGCUAUGGGACUUGGUGUGCUCUCAAAAUCGACACAGAUGCUCUCUGCAGUCUCGGUACUACGGCAUCAGAGUUCCGUCGUAUGAGUGGCAGCCAUCUGUUCAACAGCAAGCCAUGCAUGCUCAUUAAUCGUCUCAUUCUUGUCGGCAAAGACGUUGAUGUGUACUCCUUCGAAUCACUAACUUGGGCGCUCGCUACGCGCUGUCGUCCUGGUGUAGAUGAGGAAAUUUUCGAGGAUGUUCCAAGCUUCCCGAUGACACCGUACAUGAGCCAUGGCAGAGGCCCGAAAGGCAAGGGAAAACAAGGUGGGAAAGUAAUUAAUGAUUGUGUAUUGCAGAUGGAGUACGAGCACGGUUCCCGUGCGGCCUUUAGUACAGUAGGAUAUCGAACAAGCUACCCUGACGAAUUGAAGAAGCAAGUGGAGCAGACGUGGGUGGAAAUGGGUUUUGACGAGGUCUAAGCACAUGUACACCGAUACGGGACAGUGAUCAUUUCAGUACUGUUAUUGUAGGACAUAAUUUCAAAGGCUACCUAGGUACGGCCUGACAAUAUGUAAAACAAUGAUUAUUGACCAAAGUCGAAGCGGAAAGAAAAAAGUACUAAAAGGCUAGCGUU